CCCAGAAAUACCACAAUGAGCACCUCCACCCUUUCCACUUUCCUUCUCUUGGCUCUUCUUCUUUUUCAUUACACCAAUGCAGCCGUUUUCACCAUUCGAAACAACUGUCCAUACACCGUUUGGGCUGGUGCGGUACCUGGUGGCGGCCGGCAGCUUGGCCCAGGCCAAACCUGGCCUUUAACUGUCGCAGCUGGCACAGCAGGAGCCCGUAUAUGGCCCAGAACCGGUUGCAACUUUGAUGGCUCAGGGCGUGGCAGGUGUCAGACCGGUGAUUGCAACGGACUCCUCCAAUGCCAAGGCUAUGGUACACCACCCAACACAUUAGCCGAGUACGCUCUGAAUCAGUUCAACAAUCUUGAUUUCUUUGACAUUUCUCUUGUUGACGGAUUCAAUGUGCCGAUGGUGUUUAGACCCAACUCUAAUGGGUGCACCCGUGGUAUCUCAUGUACCGCGGAUAUCAAUGGCCAGUGCCCUGCUGAGUUACGGGCUCCCGGUGGGUGCAAUAACCCUUGCACCGUGUACAGAACUGAUCAGUAUUGUUGUAACUCUGGAAACUGUGGACCGACUGAUUUAUCAAGGUUUUUCAAGACCAGAUGUCCUGAUGCAUAUAGUUAUCCUAAGGAUGAUCAAACUAGCACAUUUACGUGCCCCGGUGGAACCAACUAUGACGUUAUAUUCUGCCCUUGAUCGAAGCCACGAGAUAUCGAAUCUAAUAAUAAAAGUUGUGUUUGAUAUAUAAGAGCAUAAAUAAAUGCACUACAGUGAAGUGAAUAACUAAGGGACUUCUUCCUUGAUUAUGUAUUGUAAUACAGUAAUGUCUUUUGUCCAAAUAAAUAUAUAAAUGAUUACACCAGAUAUGACUAUCUAAAG